AUGGAAAUAACGGAUAAACCGCUAAAAAAUCACGGUUUAUGUUCAAGCUUUUCAAAUAUUUCAAUACAUCCUCUUGUUAUUAUGAACAUAUCAGAACACUGGACACGGAUAAGAGCUCAGAAUCCAGCUUUAGCUUCUGCAGGAGCUUAUAAUUUUGAGGUCGUUGGCGCUCUUCUUGGUGUAGAGAGUGGUCGUCAUUUGGAAGUAAUUAAUAGUUUUGAGCUAAAUUUCGAUACCCUUACAGCAGUUUUCGAUGAAGAAUAUUUCAAAAACAGAGAAGGACAAUACAAAGAAGUGUUUCCGAAUUUGGAUUUUCUUGGAUGGUAUUCAACAGGUAAUCUCGCUAUUUCUGAAAAUGACACAGUUAUAUAUAAAUGCCUUGCUAAAUUUAGUUUAACGCAAGUUGUGAUUAAAUUGGAUCCUUGUCAGUGUUUUCAUAAGUUGCCUUUGGUUGUUCUGGAACCAGUUCCUGUUGAUGGUUCGGUACAGAAUGAUUUGGAAUGGAAGGAAUUGCCAUGGGAUUUAGCGAGCGAAGAAGCUGAACGCAUUGGUAUAGAGCAUAUUGCGCAAAUUUCAACUUCUUCGUCUACUUCUAAAUCAUUUCUUAACAAACAAUUAUAUGGUCAACUCGGUGCCAUAAAUAUGUUGUUAUCUCGAUUGCAGAUCAUUGACAAUUAUUUAACGGUUUAUUUUCAUAUUUUUAAACAUAAAACUUAA